UGCACGGAGCACUCUGGCACGCAGAGCUGGGACUCGGGAGGGGUGUGUGUUUUAAGUUUCUUUUUCCAUCACUGAGGAGGAAAGGAAAGUUAAGCCCAGUCGUGGUUGAAUCAUAAGAGGCAGAUACCUUGUUUCUGGUUGCUAUUUGUUUGCUUAGGGAGUCGUUGACGUGGGAAAACGCACACUCGGGAGAGCUUCUGGAUUUCAGCACAGAGCAGUAAAGCUAAAAAGGACACAGUGACUGCUUUUGACUUGUAUACAAGUAAAGUUGGGACGGGAAGGGAAUUGGCAGUUUUGCAGUGAUCCUCAAUUCCUGAUAUCGUGAGAAUAACAGACGAGUCUAAAGACUGAAGUCCACUCGAGCUGUUGGAGAAGUGGAUUAUGGCGAAGAAGAACAGUCACAAGGAUACAUCAGGGGUGGAGUUUGACACGCACUCCAAAAUGGUCAUGUCCCAAGGAGGAACAUUUGAAAGGAUGAAAGAAAAGAUCAAUGCAGUGAGAGCAGUGGUUCCUAACAAGAGCAAUAAUGAGAUCGCCCUGGUUCUGCAGCACUUUGAGAACAGCGUGGAUCGGGCUGUGCAGGCCUUUGUCGAAGGCAGUGCAGUAGAGAUCCUGAAGGAAUGGAAUGUCACCGGUAAAAAAAAGCCUAAGAAGAAAAAGAAGCCCAAACCCCAGCCAGAAGCUCCAGUAGAUCCUGCCCCUUCUGAAUCCGUCUCGUCCCCGGAGACGGUGUGUGCCGAAGCUGUUAACGGUUUCCAUGCCAACGGUUCGGCUGGUGCUGAUGGCGAGUCUCUGGACUCGUUGAGCGAACAGCUGGACUCGGCCUCGUUGGACGCAGCUGAGCUUGAGUUGGAACCUGCUAUGCCUGAGCCCUCCAUCACAAGAGGAGAAGCAGAAUCUCAAAAAAGCGUAGCCCCAGCCCCAAGUCCAUCUCCCCAGCAAAGCACCAAUAACGGAGCUCGACAGAAUCAACACAGUUCUCGAGGCAACAAAUCCCGCCCGAGAUCAUCUACUAGCGCUCACAAUGCAACUCUGGCUCCUCCUUUUCCACCUGAUGAUAUCCAACAUGGUUCAUCUGCAGCCAAAAAGAUUGCAUCGAACAUUGACCGCUCAGUGAAGGAUCUCCAGCGGUGUACAGCAUCUCUGACACGGUAUAGAGUGGUAGUGAAGGAGGAGAUGGAUUCCUCCAUCAAGAGAAUGAAACAGACUUUUGCUGAGCUACAGAGCUGUCUUAUGGAUCGAGAGGUGGCUCUGUUGGCUGAGAUGGAUAAAGUCAAAGCGGAAGCCAUGGCUAUCCUGGAUAGGCGUCAGAAGCGAGCGGAGGAGUUGAGGAGACUCACUGACAAGUCUGCCUCCAUGUCUGAAGAGCAGCUAACAGAACUCCGUGCUGACAUCAAGCUUUUUGUGAGCGAGAGGAAGUAUGAUGAGGAUCUUGGAAAAGCUGUUAAGUUUACUUAUGAACUGGAACCUCUUAAAAGCAGCAUCAUGACUUUUGGAUCAGUAUAUCAUCCGCAGACUGGUUACUCCAAUCGCUCCCGCUGUAGUUCUACUUCUUCUUCUGUCACUGGCUCGGCCCCUAUAGAAGCUCCAGCUCAAGCUCAGCCUCAGGCUUCUGGUUACACAAGUCGUCCCAACGUCCCACACAAACAGGUGUUCCAGGGUAACAGGCGUAUAUUUCAGGGUUAUCCGGGUCAGCGCCAUAAUGGUGGCUCCUACUACGACCGCAAUUCCAACCGGACCAGCAAUUACCGCUAUUCCGGAGACCAGCGUCACCAGGGCGACCGUAGCCAAAGUGACGCCUCCAACUCACAGUUCUCAAACAGCAUGAAAGGCCCCGCCCACCCCUCUGCGUCAUCCUACCGGCAAGAUCGCCCCGCCCAAAACGGGCUGCCGCAGAGGCAACCUCGGACACCUCCAAAAAACCCCUGACACACCCAAAUGCCCUGCACCCUUGUACCUGUCCCCUCCCAUCUCUUCCCCCCCUCCCUUCCCCCCAGUAUCCUUCAUCCAGUCCCUACCCCACACCCUUUGCUCAACUCCCUGAAAGCCCCACUUCCCUGAUUGCUCAGCUCUUUCUGUACACAUGAAGAAUAAAAAUUCAAGUUUACAUCAGAAUUUUUUUUUUUUUUGGUCAGUUGUAGUGCCACCUCUUCCUUUUCCUCUUCUGUUCUUAUUUUGUCCUCUUGUCCCUUUGUCUUACUCCUACCUUCAAUCAUUACAUGUUUAACCCAAUUUAAAUGUUCCUCAGAUUCUUAAAGAAAAAAAAAAGGCUGUUUGUCGUCAUUCUUCUCAUGUCGAUUUUGUUUUUUUGUUUCCUCAUUUGGGAGAGACCUAUAAUACUUUAUUUCAGUAAAGUGGCUAAGCACUUUCACCGACAUCUUGUUUAGUCAUAAUUCGUAAACAUGUAGUGCACUAUUCAUAUUUCUUUCUUUUAGCUUUGUAUUAAAUUUUGCAGCCGUUUUGUCUUUCUAUUACUUUUUAUCUAGUGCGCUAAUCAUAUUUUGAGCUUUUAUAUCUUCUCUUCAAAUAGAACGUUUCUUCGACAUGUAUUUUUUUUUCUUUUAAUUUUUUUUUUCCCCCCUUGAUUGAAAAUCGAAAAGUAUGGUGUUCAGCUGAUGAGCUACUAGAUUUUGACAUUGAUUCUGAAGUUAAUUGUUAAUUGCAGUGUUGAAGGCUAGGUAUGGGUGUAAAAAGUAGAAACAUGACUGUUAAUCUCUAGAAAUUUGAAGAAGUGCUGCUGACUGAAUUAAUGUAUGGACUGUCCAUGGGGCUAAAUGUUUUGAUCGAGGUCGGCCAGCAUUAACGGCCUGCACCCUUACGGCCAUGGUGAUUGCCUUUUUAUUUAUUGAUUAUUUUUAUUUUAAUUUUUAAUUUUUUUUUUUAAGUUUUGAUCGGCUCUCCCUGAGAGUGCUGUGCAGUGUUUCACAGCCUUGAUCAUGAUUUCAUCUCUACCUAAAGGCCACAGUGCACACAGAGGUUAGACCCGUGUGCCCUUCUCAUUCUUCCAUAGUAUGCAUGCAGUGCAUUUUACAUACCUGCCUUUGAUCACAGAGCAACCUCACUUUUUAGUCUUUUUAUGAAGCGGCUGUGCGCGCAUACGUAUGUACAACUAGUUCUUUUGCAAAUACAUAUGCUGUACUACUAUCAGUUGACGCUUGUACCAAGUAAAGGAAUACUCAGCAGUUUGUUUCUCAGAUUUCAAGUUUGUUGAGUGCAUGUCAUUUGACCCCUCUGAAGGUGCUAAAAAUGAAAUGUAGAACCUCUCUCUCUCUCUUGUGCGCAGAUACAAUGACUGAUAUACCUCAUACAUCAGCCGUUAGAACUCCUGAUAGUCCGACCAGGGCUGUGCUUUGCUUAAUUUGGCUUUGAGAAGUGCAUUAAAACCUCUGUCCUGAGGAUGUGGCCCAUGCUGCUGUCUGACUGAAGUCUGGUUUAAAAUAACCUCAUUGCCCUGUUAGCAAGUCCCAUUCCACUGCCUUAACAGCUCAACCAACCUGCAGCCUGUUCAGCCAUUCUCGGUCAUGAUGGAUUUGCAGAAUGGCCUUUUUCUCCAGUGCAUGAAGGGUUGAAUCUCUGUUUUGAUUGACUGCUGCUUUGUGGUUUUCAUUCCUGGUCUCUCAGUACAGUCACUGCAUGCUUACUAGUACUGUGGCAACAGUGAAGUGUUUGCAUCUAGUUGUGCAUUCUUGUCCCAAUGACAAAAUGGCACUACUGCUUUCUUCUCAAGUCUGCUGCCCCUCCACCAAAAUACAGCUUCAAGGUCAACAAAGCUUCUGUGUUGUCCUCUCUAGCUUGGAAUCCAUAUGAAAUUGGGAUUUGGUUCACCUUGUGUGUGUGUGUGUGUGUGUGUGUGUGUGUGUGUGUGUGUGUGUGUGUGUUUUGAAUAUGAUACUAAACGUUGGUUGCUAAGGAGGGAAGUCUGGGUCAUUUGUUCAACUUGUAAUCACAAAUUCAACCGGUUUGGUUUUCAUGUAAAUUUUUGCCAAAGAAAACGUUUUUUUUUUUUUUUUUUUUCCCCUCACUGUUUUAUAAUAUGCCGUUCUAAUUUGUCUCUUCCUAAUGGGUCAGUGAUUUUCACCUUGUACUCACCCAUUCUUCCCUUCUUUCCACACUUCUAUCUGUACAUAUGUAUCUAUACAUUUGUUUUUGAGUGCCUGCAGUGGGACACAUGUAUGUUGUAUUGUUAGACCUAUGGUUUACAUACAGUUGUGUUUAAAAAAAAUAAUAAUAAUAAAAAAAAAUCUAGUGUAGUUCAAUUCCUCCUGAUGUAUAGAACAAAAAAAAAAAAUCUUGUCCUUUUUUUCCCUCUUUAGUUCCAAUUAUGAGAACUGUAAACUCAAGUGCCUUCUGUAGUUCUUUGCCUACAUUCAUUUCCAUCCCAUCAUUUUCAAGUGUGGACCAAAGACAUCUUUACCCUUUUCCAGACUCUGUCUCUUCUGUACAGGAUAUCUCCCAUCUGGCUACAGUAUAAGCAGCAUUUGGACAAGUCUCCUUCCCCUUUGUCACUGAUUGGCACACUUCUCAUUUACUAUGAAUAAAAAUGUUAGCAAAUUGA